CUGUAGAGAGCGCUGUAUAGCGCUGAUCAACUCCUCUGGUUCCCGGGUCUCGUUUUCACAGUAGCGGUGCGCCAGGAUGCCAUCGAUUGAAUACGACGACUCAAAGCCCAGCUGGGCCGACCAGGUUGAAGAGGAGGGAGAUGAAGGCACUCUCCCAUCACCAAAAGAGACUGUCAAAGGUAACAUUAAGACCGUGACAGAGUACAAGAUUGAUGAGGAUGGCAAGAAGUACAAGAUUGUCCGAACUUUCAAGAUCGAGACGAGGAAAGCCUCCAAAGCAGUUGCUAGGAGAAAGAACUGGAAAAAAUUUGGCAAUUCCGAAUUUGACCCGCCAGGACCUAAUGUCGCCACCACCACCGUGAGCGAUGAUGUAUUCAUGACCUUCAUCUCUAGUAAGGAGGACCUUAAUGCGCAAGACCAAGAAGAGGAUGCUAUGAGCAAGCUGAAAGGCCAGAAAAUUGUGUCUUGCCGUAUCUGUAAAGGAGAUCACUGGACCACCCGCUGCCCCUACAAAGACACUCUGGGCCCCAUGCAGAAGGAGCUGGCAGAGCAGUUGGGUCUGUCCACAGGGGAUAAAGAGAAAGCAGCAGAGCCUGAGCCUGCUCAGCCAGUCCAGAACAAAACUGGGAAGUAUGUUCCUCCCAGCCUGCGGGAUGGAGGCACACGCAGAGGAGAAUCCAUGCAGCCGAACCGUAGAGCUGAUGACAAUGCUACCAUCCGUGUGACCAACCUAUCCGAGGACACGAGGGAGACGGAUCUGCAGGAGCUCUUCAGACCAUUUGGCUCUAUCUCCAGGAUCUAUCUGGCCAAGGACAAGAACACUGGCCAGUCUAAGGGUUUUGCCUUCAUCAGCUUCCACAGGCGUGAGGACGCUGCCAGAGCUAUCGCAGGAGUGUCAGGCUUUGGAUACGAUCACCUUAUUCUCAAUGUGGAAUGGGCCAAACCAUCCAACAACUGAGACUGGGGGGCUCCAUUUAUAUUCCAGGAGGAUGUCCGAGUGUUCUCCCAGUAGAAUUUGACUAUUGAUUGAAUAAACAUGUUAAGAAAUAAACCCGUUUGCUUCUAGGUUCAAA